AUGUCUUUCGAAGCGCCACCUGUGCCUGCCCCUCAGAACGAACACCCCAAACGCACCAACGAGCUCUUUGCUAUCUUUUACGAAGAAAUCGGGAAAUGGCCCUGGGAGGUCAUCGACUUCGGCCCCCGAAAAUGGGGCCAGAAUCUCGUCUCAGACUUCACGAGACUUCUGAGCGUUGACCUUCCUAAGACUGACAAUGUGUCACUUAAGGAACUUAUCGACUACUUGCAUGACAACUCUGCGAAUCACCCGAUGGUGCAGUACCAAUACCAGUUGAACAUGAUGCUCGUCGCAAAAGCAACCAAGUGGUUGGCAGAGAAGCGUGAGCUCGUUGACGACCCCGAUUCCGAUGCUGACUCUGACGGCUCUAUCCUCAACGAGCCUCAAAACGUCACCCGGCACAGAAGGCAGGCCCGGGCUCUUCGAGCAGCUACAAGAUCCGCGCCAAUUCGAACCGCUCGCAAGCGUCCGAUCAACUACAGUGAUCGUCACCAUUUCCAACUCCAUAAUGUUGACGAUUCUGAAGGUGACGACGAUGGAGAUGGAGGAAACGAGGAAACCCAGGAAGAGGUUGAGCUCGAGUCAGCCGAGCCUGCGGCCAAGCGAAGGCUAAUGGUCUUCUUCAACUUUUCACCCGAGAACAUCCAGGAGCUAUCUAAGGUCAUGGGACCUGGUGGCGGCAACGGUAACGGCGAUGCAUCACGACACUCGAUUCCACAGCGAAAUGCCACAGGAGAAAACCGCCCUCUCGAUACACCUAAUGAAGUUCGACGUGCCUAUGCCGACCAUCUCAAGCGCGAGAUCACCAAAGUGGAAGAGAACAUUGCCCGCACAGAAGCUAAUAUCAAUAACUCGUCCCGGCGCCGUUUAGGCUAUCUCGAAACCGUCCGCAACAGCGCCGAGGCUCUCGAAAAGGCCACGAAAGAAGCCACCGAGGCUUCAAAAGUGGUCCAGCACGCAAGAGCACUCUGCGAAGCCGACGCUCAGGUCGUCGAGGAAUUGCGCCGUAUAAGCAGCGAUAACCCAAGAAUUCUCACCGAAGAAAACUUCCAGCACUUCAAAGACAAUACCCCUGCACAGAAAGAGGGGAGAGAUGCUGAGAGUACACUACGCGCCAAGGAAAAGCGUCUUAAUGAUGUCAAGACCAAGAUACAGAUCGCAGAGGCCAGUGUGGACCCAUUGAACAGCAAGAUCGAGGAAUUAUUUGACGUACUGAACGCGAAGCGGAAUGUGCGUCGAAGCCUCGUGGCGAUGCAUCGGCUGGUGGGAAUGGGUGGGGACGAAAUGGAAGACAUAUUGGGAGAGAAUGGUCUUGAGGAGUGGCUGAGGGAGCAACAGGUCUGA